CUUCAACAACAUCAACCACAACAACAACAACAACAACAACAACAGCAUUCCGACAAAGUGCCCAGCCCUCGUGGCCUCGUCACUUCUCCCAAGUUGAGCGACCGUUGCGGCAUCUCAGUCCCCACAUUCUCGCUGAUGAUGACCAACGGUGCCUCGGGAAAGCGUAACCAGGGCGCUAUGGUGGCUUGUGGUUCGCCAAUCGUCGAGGCGAUGGGCCACAUUCCAGAGUCGUGCCCCCCACAACUGCUCUACGGCAUCCGAGGUCAGGCCGCCUCGGGAGACUGGCUGCUUCAGAGCCUGCCGGUGCAAGAGGCCGAGAGUCUACAGGAGGACCGUUCGAGGCAGACACUGACCGAUCAAGGCGGAUUGGCGGCGGGUGUGAUUACGGGCUAUGCGGUAGAUUGUCCGGCUUCCAGGAGUUCCGGUAUACUCCAUCCGCGCGAUACAUACCACACGAUGGCAAGGAGCCUCCCAACCGGUAGGCAUGUUGUACAUGUGAACUAUCCCCUAAACAAUUCGUGGCGUCGUCUGCUUUAUUUGGUUCGAAGAGAUCAAGAAAACGACUGA